CCGAGGCUGCCUGGUGCUGGCUGCAUGGGGCGGCGGAGGCACCGGGUGGAAGGGGCGGCCGGGGCCCUUCCUGAAGCUAUCGCUGCGUUGAGUCGAUCUCUGCCCGCUGGGCCCAGCCCUGAAAUCUUCCGCCGCGCGAAGUUUGACCGUCCAGAGGCGGCUCCAGUGCUCUGGCAGCUUCUCUUACGCGUGCUCUCACCGCUUGCUGCUAAAGAUACCUUGACCGACCUUGCUCCAGAGGCUCAAGCCCGUGUGGUGAAGUCAGCACUGGACUCCCAGGGCUACCCCAGGUCUGCACUGGUACAGUUUCCUGAGGGCAGUUCUCAGAGAAGCCGGGAACUGCUGCUGGCCCUGUCUUGGCUUCUGGCACGAGGACCCUUCCUUGAGCAGCUGCUUGCCCAGACCCGUGUGCAGUUGGGUGAUCAGCUGCCCCAGUAUGAGUGUGAGGCCCUGGCCAUCCCUGGUCCUCCUGCACCACAUGUGGAAACAGAGACUCCGGUGGAUCUCCGACUAGUGGAAUGGCUGAUGGGAAAGCUGCGGUUUAGGUGGCGACGCCUGAUCUCCAGUCAGCAGGAGCAGUGCGCCCUGCUCAGCAAGAUCCACCUGUACACCCGUGGAUGUCACAGCCAGCAGAACCUUGACCAUCUUUCUGUUGCUGAAACAGAGAUGCUCAGAGACCCAGAGAGCAGUCAGCAGCUUCUGCAGGCGCUGGAGAGUGAGAACGUACGCCUGGGGGCAGCUCUGGAGUGGCGGCAGUGUGAGCUGGUCUUCUGGCAGUGGAUGGAUACAGUUCUGGAUGCCUGCUUGUCAGAGACUCCUGCUGUGACCUCACAGCCCACGGUUCUGCCCAUGAUUUCUGAACGUGGGCUUGGUGAGCUGGAGUUGGUAAAACAAGAGUUGCAGGCCCUGCAGGAGGAGCUACGGGAAGUGGCUGAGCCCCGGAGGGCGGCAUGGGAAGCCCAGGUUGGAGGCCUAGGUCAGGGGCCAGAGUGGAGCACCACAAGGAGGGCCUUGCAGGAGGCUGUCAAACAGGAGUUGAUUGCCCUGCAGGUAUCCUGGGAGCCAUUCAGUGGCCCUACCCAGCCCCAGAGACCCCAUCGGCUGGUGAGAAGUAAGGAUCAGUCACCAGGACCUCAAGGCCUACAGGCAGCUGAGAUGAUCAGGACCCUGAGCGCCCAGGAGGCCGGUCUGAAAAAGGUGUUGCACCAGCUACAGAGCCAAUGUCAGCAGGAGCUGGCCAGGCUGGCUGGUGCUCUGCCUGACUUGAUUUGGAUUAUGGUUCCUGGACACUGAAGGCCCCAAGAUGUGCCCACCUGUGUAGAGGUCUUUGUAGGGUCUCAGAGGAGCAGAGGUCCAGGCCUUGUUGCCUACAGUUUUGGAGUCACCAUGGGCUGGUCCUCCAGAGCAGUUUGGAGGGGACCUAUAUAUACAUGGUAGAGCUGUCUCUGGGGACACCAGGUUGUUGCCCUCUGUCACUGCCCUUUAACUUCCUCCUCUUCUGAUACUGGGAUAUGCAUGGUGCAUGGUUGGCCCCGUGCUGGAAUCACACAGCUGCACAGUGCAGGAAGCACUGGGUCUCCCCUGAGUGGAGCAGCUCUGGUUUCUCUAGCCAUAUACCUCCUGUAGCAGAGUCUCCUCCUGUGCUGGGCCGUGGAUGUGCCUGCUGUGUGUGGGGAGCUGGAUGGGAGCCCUGGGGCUCUGCUGGGGAGAGAAGAGGAGGGAAGCUGCAGUGCAGACAGAAGGCCUUUGUUCUGAAGGCUGCUGGGCACUGGGCAAGCUCGGUCUCACAAAGCAGCCUGUGUCCAGGACGUACCCACAGCCUGGUGGGAUGGCUCUCUCCUAGCCCAGGCUUCUAGCCAGUGGGCCCAAGCGGGUCCUGUGGUUUCUAACCCUGCCUUCCUUCCUAUCCCUAGCUCCAAACACUGACCAGACACUGGGCAGGUGGUAGGUCCCACUAGGCAACCUCUAGCCUCCUGCUAACUCAGGCCUGAGGCUACUAUCCAACUCUGGACACCCUGGACCCUCUGCUAGAACAUUCUCUCAUGGGGUUUUCCUGCUUGCCUAGUGUCGUAUGGUAAGAGUGACAGCUCAUGCCUAGGGUGACAGUUCUGAUACAGGUGGCCUCUGGCCCUGAGGCAGGGCACCAUGCUGUUUGUUCCAGUGACUGUUCCUAGCAUGUUUCUGGAGGACCAGUGUCUAACAGGUCCUUCCUAACUUUCAUGACGUAGCUCCUGGAGUCUCUGGAACCUCCUGCCUGCUGCUGGGCCUCUGCUGUCCCUCCUGGCCUGCAACCCCUGCCCAUGCUAAUACUUGCUUAGCUCUUCUUGCUGCUUCCACCUGUGGGUUCCAGCUCUGGUCCAGGACACAUGGGAACUUGGCUCCUUUUGAUGGUGAUAUGAGCUAUAAACAAGUCCAGUUAAGCUCCCUGCCUCUGAAAACUGCCCUGCUCUAGGACUUCCAGUGGCCCUUUGGAGCUUGACUUUAAAAAAAUAUAAAUGCAGCCAGGCAGUUGUGGUGCACACCUUUAGUCCCAGCACUCGGGAGGUAAAGGCAGGUGGAUCUCAGUGAGUUUGAGGCCAGUGUGGUCUACAGAGUGAGUUCCAGGGCAGCCAGGACUAACUACACAGAGAAGCCCUGUUUCAAAAAAAAAAAAAAAAAGAAAAAAGAAAAACAACAAAAACCCAAAUGCAGAUCCAGUGCUACUAGCUGUCACUUCUCCAUUUGCUCUGCGGAGUUAAUCGGUUCCAGGCAGAAUCCCACAUUGUGUCUGCUUUGUCUUCCCUGGGUCUCGGGUCUGUGGGCCAUGUGAAAGAAAGCAUGUUGGCCAAGCGGUGGUGGUGCACACCUUUAAUCCCGGAAUCGGGAGGCGGAGGCAAGCGGAUCUCUGUGAGUUCGAGGCCAGCCUGGUCUACAUACAAGAGCUGGUUCCAGGGCAGCUAGGACUUACACUGAGAAACCCUGCCUCGAAAAACAAAAGAGCAUGUCAAAAGCUCAACCAUGGGCCCCAUCCUUGGUCAGGUUGUCAGGACUUGUCACUUGGCAAGGAUCUCAGUAUCAGCUUUUCCACACAAGGGCUCAAAAUAAUGCACAUUUGUGGUCUCACUGUCCUGCGCUCCCACACAGCCAAGUAAGAAUAAAACCAAAUACAACCGUCUUGGUGGGCCCUGAGGUCCUAGGGUGAGCUCGCACCAUUGAUGACACAUGGCGCUCCAGGGUCCACCUGCAGCCUGACUUUGGGGAAGAGCAAUCUUAUUGUCUCUAACACCCCAACCUGAUCAAGGUCAGGAGAAUCUAAGGCCUGGCACAAGGCCUGGCACAAGGACUAAAGCUCUGGCCAGCAGGUGGACAGUGGGGCCCUGUUCUGAAACCAGUGAGGACAUGCUGUCUGUUUCUUGGGUUAAUAUGCAAAAACAAGCACUCCCUGCUUGAGGCCAUGGGGAAUACCAGGGGUGGUUUCCUGACACCAAAAUCUGCUGACUGUGAGGGGAACUUUGGUAGUUUCAGCUCUUAUCAAAGCUAAGAACUGUUUGUUAAAGACCACAUAAUAGGAUGCAGAUCAGUGGUGAAACACUUGUUUAUCUUGUGUGAAACAGGACUCCAUCUCCUUGUUUGGGGCUGUCUGGGAGAGACAGUUUGGGCUGGGAGUGUCAACUACACUUGUAAAUGGUUUGGUAUAGAGAUGAGCAACAGGGUAUCAAUUAAAAGACAUCUGGAGACUGAAGAGAUGACUCAGUGGUUAAGAGCACUGGCUGCUCUUCCAAAGGACCCGGGUUCAAUUCCCAGCAUCCACAUGGCAGCUCACAGCUGUAUCUCCAGGUCCAGGGGAUCCAACAUUUUCACACAGACAGACAUGUAGACUAAACCCCAAUGUACGUACAAAAUAAAUCUUAAAAAAUAAUGGCAGCUGAAUAUAAGAUAGGAAUUGAGGAAGCCAUCAUGGCAACCAGUUGAAUGGGGAGGAGGCUUUUGCUAAGGGCCAGCCAGAAGUGGGUGCACUCAUUGGAUCGAAGGGACCACUUCUGGGCCUCUCCCAGAGAAUCAGUGCUACGUGCACAGAAGCCCUGGCAGUAGCCAGGUGUUUAACUACAGGAAACAGAAACACCCACGAUUCUGUGAGAACCAAGAAUGAUGCAAGCCUGAGUAGUAGCUCGGUCUUGAAGCUAGGUGAGCUGUGGCGCACACCAUUAGUCCCAGUGCUGGGGAGGCAGAGGCAGGCAGGUUCCUGAGUUUUAGGCCAGGCUGCUCUAUAGGCGAGUUUCUGGGUAGUCGGGGAUGUUACACGGAGAAACCCUGUCUCAGCCAAAAAAGAGAAACGAAAACAAAAAACUUGUGUUUUAGUGUGACAUUUAACAAGGCCAUAAAAUAAGGCAAGAUUGAUGAUGUACCUAGUAUCAGAAGACAAACCCAGGCAUAAAUCGACCAGAAAAGACUUACACAAUAACCUCAUUCACAUAAUUCAUGCUAGAACAAGGGGAGGUGUGGGUGCUGGAAAGGUCUCUGCUGAGGUUCUCUUGAACAUUGACUUUAGGCGCAUAACCUGCAUGUCACAUCUGUUUUCUGGGUUUAUCAGCCUUGCCUUAUAAAGAAGUAACUCUAGACAACACCGUCCCAUGAUGAUGCUAUCUGUAUAUAGCUUCGUCCUUCAUAUGGUGUGGGUCAGUCAACCUGGGCAAAUGGGUCGGACCAUGUAUACCUGUGUGACACUGAGCAUCAUCUGUGUCCUAUUGUGUCAGCCUUGGCUGAGAUGUCUAGGUCGUUUAGGAGAGAAACUCAGGGAUAGCUGGCUCCUGUUUAAUCAUGGGUCCUUGGCAGCUAGCUGGGGUCAUUUUAUUCCAUGGAAAUCUGUAGGUGAGUAGGUCUAGCAUUAGGAACCCUUGACCCAUGAGUACAGAAACCUGAUGGGCUGAUAAACUCAAGCUU